AAUAAACAUUACUCCGAUCGAUCCGAUAUACCUUAUCAUUAGAAAUUUGCAGAUUCUGCAAUUCCAUGAGCAUCCCCCUCCGCCUUCCAGCAAUGCGGACUCCGUCAGUUACCGCCACCACCGUACUCCCUUUUGCCCAUUCCUUCACCGUCGGCUCUCCACCCACUUUCAGCUUCAAUUUCUCCCUUCACCCUUUUUCAACCACACGGACUACUAAUACUUCUUCUUCUUCUUUUCGAAUCCACUCCUCUUCUUCCCCAAUGAUUGAAAAGGAAAUUCCACAGUUUGAAAAGCCCUCCACUUUUCUCCGGGAGAGCGAGGGCGAUACUUCUCCAAAUUCAUCCACUUCUGUUAGAGCACGAUUCGAGAAAAUGAUUAGGGAGGCACAGGACACCGUCUGCUCUGCCAUUGAGGCCGCCGACGGUGGUGCCAAGUUCAAGGAAGAUGUCUGGUCCAGGCCUGGAGGUGGUGGCGGAAUUAGCAGGGUCUUACAGGAUGGUUCCGUUUGGGAGAAAGCCGGUGUCAAUGUUUCUGUUGUUUACGGAACUAUGCCUCCCGAUGCUUAUAGAGCGGCCAAACCCAGUUCUGGAAAUGCCGAUCUCAAGCCAGGUCCCGUCCCCUUUUUCGCUGCUGGCAUCAGCUCCGUCCUUCAUCCAAAGAAUCCUUUCGCUCCAACUUUGCAUUUUAAUUACCGUUAUUUUGAGACUGAUGCUCCUAAAGAUGCUCCAGGAGCACCAAAGCAAUGGUGGUUUGGUGGUGGUACAGAUUUGACUCCUGCUUACCUUUUUGAGGAGGACGUCAAACAUUUCCAUUUGGUCCAAAAGGAUGCGUGUGACAAGUUCAAUGGUGACUUCUAUCCUCAAUUCAAGAAGUGGUGUGAUGAUUAUUUCUACAUCAAGCAUCGUGGGGAGAGACGUGGUCUUGGGGGUAUAUUUUUUGAUGAUUUGAAUGCGUAUGACCAAGAGAUGCUUCUUUCCUUUGCUACUGAGUGUGCAAAAUCCGUGAUUCCAGCAUAUAUACCAAUCAUAGAGAGGAGGAAGGACAUGCCAUUUACAGACAGACACAAGGCAUGGCAGCAGCUACGUCGGGGACGCUAUGUGGAAUUCAACUUGGUUUAUGAUCGGGGAACUACAUUUGGUCUCAAGACCGGUGGUAGAAUCGAGAGUAUACUAGUCUCACUUCCAUUAACUGCACGAUGGGAAUAUGACCACCAACCAGAAGAAGGAACAGAGGAAUGGGAACUUUUGGAUGCCUGUAUCAACCCCAAAGACUGGAUCUGAUUUCCAUUUUUCCUUGUUUUCUGUUGAUUCUUAUCGAGCUCGCUCGUUUGCUUUAUUUUUAAUUCUAGAACAUUGUGGAUUUAGGACAGCAUUUUGUGAUAUAGAUAGGAUCUUGAUGUAUUUAUUUAUGGGUUUCUUAGGUCAAAGAGGACAUCAAGAAAAUUACUUGUACCAUCCUUUUAAUGAAUGCAGCAUAAACUCUGA